AUGGGCCAGGGCUGGCCGCCUGCGUGCUGGCGGCGGCAUGCACACAUCCUGCCGGACACUGUAGCAGCCCAGGGCGCGUGGUGGCUUAAAGGCCGCCCCCCGCGCAGCCAUCCGCGGGCGAAAACCAUUAUCCGUACCCGCGCCAUGGGCGCCUCUGCCGUCUGCGGCGCGCCGCGCGGCGCCCGUCCCUGGCUCGCGGCCCUCGCCCUCUGGGCCGCCUCGCCGAGGCGUGUGGCCGCCUGGGACUACGGCCAGGCGGGCCGCGACUGGAGAGGGGGCUUCUGCGAGGGCGGCAGCGGUGCAUCAGCGCAGAGCCCCAUCGAUCUCCCGACGGCGGCGCCGGUCACGGCGGAGCGGAAGCUCUUCCUCAAGUAUCCCGUCCUGGAGAGGUCGCUGUCCCUCUACAACGACGGGCGCUCGCUGGCGAUCACCAUGCCCGAGGAGUACCGCGCCGGCUUCGGCCUGGCUGCCGCCCCGGAGGCGCUGACCCACUCGGCGUCCACGGAGGCAGCCUUCCGGCUGUGGCAGGUGAACCUCCACGCGCCCGCCGAGCAUACCAUCGGCGGCCGUCGGGCCCCGCUGGAGGUGCAGCUCGUGCACCAGCAGGUCACGGGAAAUCGCACGGGCCAGCUGGCCGUGGUGUCUGUCCUCUUCCACGAGGAGCCAGGCGCAAGCAGCCCUUUCCUGGAGCGCCUGAUGGCCAGCGGCCUGCCGCAGGAGCCGUGGGCCGAGGUGCAGAUCGACCUCGGGAUCGGAGCCGCGGCGCCCACCAGUGCCAACAACAGCUUCUCCACAACGCAGGAGGCCACGAGCGAGAAGUCGGCCCUGCAGAGGCUGCUGAUCGGCUCUGCCUACUAUCUAAAUGGGCUCCCUGACAGUGCCCCCCUGUGA